UCUGCCUGUUUCUUCGUCUAGUGCUUUAACCUGUUUGAAGAGUAACUGGGCUUCACUGAGAAACAAGAUGAUUCCUGCAGUUACACUCAAAAAUGGAGCCAAGAUGCCUGUGGUGGGUCUGGGCACAUGGAGGACAGAAACUGGAAAGAUCGUUGAAGCUGUGAAGGUGGCAAUAAGCUCUGGAUACAGGCACAUAGAUGGUGCUUUCGUGUACCAGAAUGAGGAAGAAGUUGGUGCAGGAAUCCGUGCUAUGAUUGACCAAGGAGUGGUGAAGAGGGAGGAUUUGUUCAUCGUCAAUAAGUUAUGGUGCACCUUCCACGUUCCAUCCCUGGUGAGGUCAGCAUGUGAGAAGACGCUCAAGGAUCUGAAGCUGGACUACCUGGACCUUUACCUCAUGCACUUCCCAGUAGGGAUGAAGCCUGGGGAUGAGCUUUUUCCGGUAGAUGAGAACAAACAAAACAUUCCUGAUGACAGCUGCUUCGUGGACACUUGGGAGGCUAUGGAGAAGCUGGUGGACGAUGGGUUGGUCAAAGCCAUCGGCGUCUCCAACUUCAACAAAGACCAGAUUGAGGCCAUCCUUAACAAACCCGGCCUCAAGCACAAGCCAGUCAACAACCAGAUUGAGUGCCAUCCGUACCUCACCCAAGAGAAGCUCAUCGACUAUUGCCACUCAAAGGGCAUCUUGGUGACGGCGUACGCCCCUUUGGGAUCUCCUGACAGACCCUGGGCUUCCGCAGACGACCCGUCUCUGCUAGAGGAACCUACGAUCAAGGCCAUUGCAACAAAGUACAACAAGACUCCAGCUCAGGUUCUCAUGAAGUUCCACACCCAGAGGAAUGUGGUCGUCAUCGCCAAGUCUGUAACUCCCCACCGCAUCAAGGAAAACAUCCAGCUGUUUGACUUUGAGUUAAAAGAAGAGGACAUGAAAACCAUCCUGAAAUUGAACAAGAACUGGAGAGGCUUUGCAGCACCGUGGGCAUCAAAUCACAAGGAUUACCCCUUUAAUACGGAAUACUAACUAAUCAGCUUGAAUUUACACUAAAUACACAAAUCUGAUGACAUGAUUACCUGAUUAAUGUCCCUAUUGAAACAGAUCUCAAAUUAUUCUUGCCUGUCCUGAACUUAAGAAUUUAGUAAACUCACUCCAAAGGAGAUAAACAGCUUUUGUAGCUCCUAUUUGUUAGGAAAUACAGUAACUAUCUGUCUAGUUUACAUAAGAAAUUUGACUUAAUAGCAUACGCUAUAAAUGCAAAGAUGCUUGUUGUCUCAGACGUUUUGGAGGGACUCAGGAUACGCUUCAUUAGAAAUGUAAAAA